AUGCAUACAGAGAGGCUGCGUUUGCUGCUGCUGCCGUUGCUGUUGCAUUUGCUGCUGUUUGCAUGCGAGUGUGGCAGCAGCUUCGGCUUGGUCUUGCAGCAGCAGCAGCAACUCCUGAGGUGUCUCAACACAACAGCAGCAGCAACAGCAGCAGCACCAUCGUCUUCCCUGCGGCCGCUGCAUGCAGCAGCACGUAGCAGCAGCAGCAGCGACAGCAGCAGCAGCAGCAACAGCGGCAGCAAAUCACCAAAGACAAGCAGCAGCAUUCAUCUAUCUCAUAAGCCAGCUCUGCUGCAGCAGCAGCAGCAGCAGCAGCCGCUUCUGCAGCAACAAACGCCGCAGCAGCACCACCGCUCUCGUAAGCAAAAGCAACAGCAGCAGCAAGAGCAACACCAGCAGCAGCACAAGCAGCGACCUGCAGCAGCAGCAGCAGCAGCAGCAGCAUUGGUGGAUCAGGCGCCCCAGAAGGGUUCUAAAGAGUUACAACAGCAGCAACCUUUGCAACAGCUGCUGCUGCAGCAGCAACAACAAAAGGAGAAGCAGCAGAAGCAACAGCCUCAACAGCAGCAACGAGAAGAACAGCAAACGCAGCAGCAAGAGGAGCAGCAGCAAAAGCAGCAACAGCAGCAACAGCCACAACAAAGGAGACAGAGGCAGCGGCAGCACCCAGGGAGAAAGCACCAGCAGCAGCAACCGCAGCAGAAGCAACAGCAGCAGCAGCAGCAGCAGCAGCAGCAGCAGCUGGGUAUAUGGGCUCGACUGUUGAGGUUUUGGGGGCUGCAGAACGACAGCAGCAAACCCUUAAAUGCAGCAGCAGCAACAGCAACAGCAGCAACAGCAACAGCAGCAGAACCUCUUGCUGCUGCCAAGGAACCGAAAUCUGCAGCAAAGCGAGGUAGAGCGACAAUCAAUAAACUCAGCGGCGAGGGCGUGAGGGAGCUGCUGCAGCAGCAGCAGCAACAGCAGCAGCAGCAGCAGCCUCGGAUAGAGUGCGCCCAGUGCGGGUCGCAGCUGUUUGUAGCGAAGGGGAGGGAGAAGCGCUUCCUUACAAACGAGACGAGGUGUCUUGGCUGUGGUUCUUCUGAGUUUUUGUUGAAGCGCUGA